UUGAGGCACCCGUGGUCUUGAUAAGGUGUGUUUUUCGUUUCAUCCGUUUUCGUCCUCGUGGUACCUCUUGUGUUUACCUGUUUAGAAAUUACCAUCUUCUAGGUUGAUUAAACGUUAAAAUCCGUGCGUUAAUUAUAAAUUAACCAAAUUUAUUAAAAAUGGCCAAAAGAACGAAGAAGGUAGGAAUCGUAGGAAAGUACGGUACCCGAUAUGGUGCUUCGCUCAGGAAGAUGGUGAAAAAGAUCGAAAUCACCCAACAUUCGAAAUACACUUGUUCUUUCUGUGGUAAAGAUUCAAUGAAACGAUCUUGUGUUGGUAUCUGGUCUUGUAAAAGAUGCAAACGUACUGUCGCCGGAGGAGCUUAUGUAUACUCGACCACCGCCGCUACAUCAGUAAGAUCAGCUAUCAGACGUUUAAGAGAAAUUAACGAUUUGUAAUCAUCUAAAUUUACGUAAUAAAUUUGUUUUUUAACGUUUA